AUGCUUUUUUUGAAACAUGACAGAAACAUGACAACGACGACGGAGGUGUCUUUAAAAAUCUUAGAGACAGACCCUACCUGUAGAGCGAAUGAGGAGGCGUGGAGAUCUGGUAAAGAUUUCCGAAAGGAAUGCCUAGCAAUUAUAUCUCCUGUUACACCUGCCAAGCUUUACUGCUGCAUCGUGAUUAUCUUUGUGCUUAUAGCUCUAAAUGUGGUCUUAUUUUCCAUUUGUGUGGCAGUGAGGAGCAGAAAGCCAGACUCACACAUUCUGUAUGUCCCCUGCCCAAAAGGAUGGAUUGGAUUCGGGCGUAAGUGUUUUUAUUUUUCUGAAGACUCAAAGAAUUGGACAUUCAGUCAGACAUUUUGUACUUCACGUGAAGCUGUUCUUGCUCAGUUUGAUACCGAGGAGGAGCUGAACUUUCUGAUAAGAUACAAAGGCCCUUUUGACCAUUGGAUUGGCCUUAGCAGAGAAUCAUCACAUCAUGCUUGGAAGUGGACAGACAACUCUACAUAUAAUACGUCGUUCGGCAUGACAGGAGAUGGGGAAUGUGGCUACCUGAAUGACCUUGGAGUUAGCAGUGCCAGAAGUUAUACAGAAAGAAAACGGAUUUGCAGCAAACAAAUAAUAUCUCCAUGUCCUUAA